GGCCUAAUCUUCUGAACCUUUCAAAAGAGCCGUGAAAAUCUGCACACCCUUCUCCAUUUUCUCUCCAAAAUUUUCAUUUUUCAUUUCCAUUUCCAUGAAUCUCCUCUCUUCAUUUGGGUUAACGGGUUCGUUUUUGUGAAGCCAUGAAACCCCAUAAUUACUUUCUCUCUUCUUCUUUCUGUCAUUGAUUGAUUCUCCAUGAAAUUGUUUUUGAUUUCGUCUCUGUUUUCAGCAAUAAAGGUUGUGCCAUGGGAAGUUGUCAUCUGGAUUGUUCUAUAUGUUAAACUUUCUUUGAUUUUGUUGGGUGUUUUCAUGAAAACCCAUCUUGCUUUUUCGAUCUUGGACCGAACCCAUGUUUUUGAAUCAGUUCAUGCACUUCCUAAAAUCAAUACACACAUUCAGGAGGAAAAUACCUUUUGAUUGUUUGUCUUGACAGAUAAGGUAUUUCUGUAACAAUUCCACAAACCCAUUUCGAAUAAAAGGCUAAAUAUUCUAUGGCAACCUCAUGUUUCUAUGGAUUUCGCCUUCGGAAAUCCAAGGGGAAACCUUUUCCAGCCCCUUCAUCAUCGAAAAACCAGUUGGAUUCUGAUAUGGAGAACAUGGAAAAGAGGAGAUUUGAUAGCUUGGAUUCAUGGUCCAUGAUUUUGGACUCGGAGAUUGUGGAGACUUGGGAGGCAUCAAAGGAGGAUCAGGAGGAAUGGACGGCUGAUCUGUCUCAGUUGUUCAUAGGUAACAAGUUUGCUUCUGGGGCUCACAGUAGGAUUUACCGUGGAAUUUAUAAGCAGAGAGCUGUUGCUGUUAAAAUGGUAAGGAUUCCAAACCAAGAGGAGGAGACUAGAGCCAAACUUGAACAGCAGUUCAAGUCUGAAGUGGCCUUCCUUUCCCGUCUGGUUCACCCCAAUAUAGUGCAGUUCAUUGCCGCAUGUAAAAAGCCCCCUGUGUACUGUAUCAUCACAGAAUACAUGUCACAAGGGACUCUAAGGAUGUAUCUGAACAAGAAGGAGCCUUAUUCGCUUUCAACUGAGACAAUACUAAGGUUAGCUCUUGACAUAUCCCGGGGGAUGGAGUAUCUUCAUUCACGAGGGGUGAUCCACAGAGACCUCAAAUCAAAUAAUUUGCUUCUAAAUGAUGAGAUGCGGGUUAAGGUGGCAGAUUUUGGCACAUCUUGUCUAGAAACUCAGUGCCAGGAAACCAAAGGAAACAUGGGGACUUACCGCUGGAUGGCACCAGAAAUGAUCAAGGAGAAACCCUAUACUCGUAAAGUGGAUGUGUAUAGCUUUGGGAUUGUGCUGUGGGAGCUCACGACAGCUUUGCUUCCCUUUCAAGGAAUGACCCCUGUGCAGGCUGCAUUUGCUGUGGCUGAAAAGAAUGAACGGCCUCCAUUACCAGCUAGUUGCCAACCUGCACUUGCUCACCUCAUAAAGCGCUGCUGGGCAGCAAACCCUUCAAAGAGGCCGGAUUUCUCUGACAUAGUAUCCAUCCUUGAGAAGUAUGACGAGUGUGUCAAGGGGGGCCUUCCUCUAACUUACCACUCAGGUCUAGUUAGCCGAAAUGUCAUUCUUGAACGGUUGAAAGGCUGUGUAUCUAUGAGUUCAUCUAUACCUGUACAUGCCUGAUCCCCUAAUGGUUAUCACUAUUUGUCUUCCCUCCUCAAAGCACAACGUUAGUAAAAAAUAAUCUGUACAUAUUUUAUGUUCUUUAACCAUCUAAUGUAACUAAAUUUCGUAACUAUAU